AUGUCAUUUGAGCAAGAUCGCCGCAGUAUUUAUGAACGCCGCCGGAACAUCCUCUACCUGAUGGCAAGCUAUCUGUCCUCGAUGGGUCUGCACCAGACGCGGCAGGCCCUCGUCGACGAGACGCAUCUCACAGCCGAGUUCGAGGUGUGCGACAACAUCGAUCUCGACACAAUCUAUCAGGACUUUUGCAGCUACUUCCUGCUCAAGUUUGGCAAGCAGCCACGAAUCGUCAAACGCACCGAAUCCGUCGGAUUGUUGCCAACCGUGCAACGAAAGCUGUCCGGAGCGAAGCGCAAACCAAUCCCGCCCAUGAAGGGUGAUCCGGUCGGUAAGGAUCCGGUAGCAUCGUUGGCUACCGCUGGUGAUGAGCUGCAAGCGCUACGGAUCACACCCGGACAUAUGCUGGCGUCCGGAAACGAUCACCACGAGCCGCUCCCAAUGGUACCGUCAGCGAAUCCGAAGCUUUUGGUGCGCUUGCAGGAUCACUUCACCAGCGAAUGGAAGGACCUUGCGGAAGAGGUCUGCCGGGAUCUGAUCCGCAAGGAUCUACGGCAGCGCUGGGCAAGCAUUAAAGGACUUGCUGGUCCGAUCCAGGUGCUAAAGGAGAGUGUCAUCGCACCGCUCGAACAUCCGGAGCUGUUCGUUGGGUUGGCCCAACCUUGGCGAUGUGUGUUACUGCAUGGUGCUCCUGGCACGGGUAAAACUCUCCUGGCACGAACGCUCUGCGCUGAGACUCGUGAAUCGGUAACCUUCUUCAGCACCACCGCCAGCACGCUGAUAUCGAAAUGGCGUGGUGAGUCAGAGAAGCUGAUCCGGGUCCUAUACGAGGUGGCUAAAUUCUACGCCCCAUCAAUCAUCUUCAUCGACGAGUUCGACAGUCUCGCAUCCCGCCGGGACACGAUCCGGGAGCAUGAAGCGUCGAAGCGGUUUAAAAACGAGUUUCUUUCGCUUAUCGACGGUCUGGAGAGUGUGGCCGGUGAAACGACACCUCCGACGGACGGUCGUGAUCGGGUGUUUUUACUGGCCAGCACCAAUCUACCAUGGGAGCUGGAUCCGGCUUUUCUGCGCCGGUUUGAACGCAAAAUCCUCGUCGAUCUGCCAACGGCCGAUGGGCGGCAGGAAUUGAUCGAGCAUCUACUACCGGUUGUGGCAUCGUGGCCGGAACACGAGAUCCAGCAGAUCGUAACGUUGUGUGACGGUUGGACUGGAGAUGAAGUACGACUGGCCUGUAAGGAAGCAACGAUGACGCUGUUAAGGAACAAAAUCAGUGCAGCACGGCCGGGAUCAAUCGGGCUCGAUCCGGACGAAGUUCAGUUCCCUGUGCUCCGGAAAGCGUUCGAGCAGUUACGUCCGGGUUGUGUCGAAUUGGCUCAAAAGCACCGCGAAUGGAACCAACGUUACGGAACGCAGCUUGGUGGUUGA